AGCAGCGGCAGCAGCGGCGGCGGCGGCAGCAGCCACCCGAUGUCUUCGGCGCCCGAGAAGCAGCAGCCCCCGCUCGGCGGCGGCGGCGGCGGGGGAGGCGGCGCAGCCAUGGACCCCGCGUCGUCUGGCCAGUCCAAGGCCAAGAAGACCAACGCCGGCAUCCGGCGCCCGGAGAAGCCGCCCUACUCCUACAUCGCGCUCAUCGUCAUGGCCAUCCAGAGCUCGCCCAGCAAGCGCCUGACCCUCAGCGAGAUCUACCAGUUCCUGCAGGCGCGCUUCCCCUUCUUCCGCGGCUCCUACCAGGGCUGGAAGAACUCGGUGCGCCACAACCUCUCGCUCAACGAGUGCUUCAUCAAGCUGCCCAAGGGGCUCGGGCGGCCCGGCAAGGGCCACUACUGGACCAUCGACCCGGCCAGCGAGUUCAUGUUCGAGGAGGGCUCCUUCCGCCGCCGGCCGCGCGGGUUCCGAAGGAAGUGCCAGGCGCUGAAGCCCAUGUACAGCAUGAUGAACGGGCUGGGCUUCAACCACCUCCCGGACACCUACAGCUUCCAGGGCUCGGCCGGCGGGCUCUCGUGUCCGCCCAACAGCCUGGCACUGGAGGGCGGCCUGGGCAUGAUGAACGGCCACUUGCCUGGCAACGUGGAUGGCAUGGCCCUGCCCAGCCACUCGGUGCCCCACCUGCCCUCCAACGGCGGCCACUCGUACAUGGGCAGCUGCGGCGGCACUGCAGCCGGCGAGUACCCGCACCACGACGGCUCUGUGCCGGCCUCCCCGCUGCUGCCUGCCGCCACCAGCGGUGUUAUGGAGCCCCAUGCAGUCUACUCCGGCUCCGCUGCUGCCUGGCCACCCUCUGCCUCCGCAGCCCUCAACAGUGGUGCCUCUUACAUCAAGCAGCAGCCCCUGUCCCCCUGUCCCCCUGCAGCAAACCCUCUGUCUGGCAGCCUCUCUACACACUCCCUGGAUCAGCCCUACCUGCACCAGAACAGCCACAACGCCCCAGCGGAGCUCCAAGGCAUCCCACGGUAUCAUUCACAGUCACCCAGCAUGUGUGACCGAAAGGAAUUCGUCUUUUCUUUCAACGCCAUGGCUUCCUCGUCCAUGCACGCGGCCGGCGGGGGCUCCUACUACCACCAGCAGGUCACCUACCAGGACAUCAAGCCCUGCGUGAUGUGAGGCCGGGCUGGGACCCUCCAGGCACUAGCUGGCCGGCCUAGGGACCUCGGAGCCCCGGCCAGAAACUGCUUCAUUCUCGAGGUAUAUCUUCAGCAGAAGAAAAGGGGUUGGCUCCUCCCCAACGGGAUCGUUUGGAAAGAAAUCCCCAAGGCAAAGAUGGAGCACCUCGAUCGAUCGAUAGCAGCUCCUUCCUGUGCCCUCACAGAUUAUUUCAAAGUGGUGUCUUGGGGCCGGUGGGACCACAGCUGUGGGAAAGAAGUCUGUGUUCGUCCUGUUGAGGAUGGCUCAGUGGCCUGGCAAGGCGAGGUUGGGGACAACCUGCCACUUCCAAACAAGAAUUCUGCCGAGAGCCCUCCCCGUGCCCAGGGCACAGUGGGGGGAGGUUUUUACAAGAAAGUCAACCAAGCGCGACCAAUCAUUAUCAAAUACUUUUAUUUUGUGGUUAAAUAUUUAUCUUUUUAUUUUUAACUUUUUUGAACGAAUGUCUUGGAAUGCGCAAGCCUCCCUUUAGAGCCGUCUUGUGGAGGAGGGGAGGGAACCAGGCGCCGCGCCUUCCCUCCGCUCCUCCUCUUCCGAAAACCAGGUGGAUCUCUGCGCUCAGAAUCUUUGCGCGCAGAACUUGCGUUUCCGAAGCCACUGCUCCUCUUGAGAAGAAACCAGAACGAGCCAAGAAGCCCGUAAGCGCGGCAGUCCCGGCCCCGCCGCCUCUGCCACCCUCCUCUUCUCUCUGCUUUGAGUUUCAGUUUUACCUUCUUGGUGGGUGUUUCUUUCUCCCGACCUCUACUGUAAGCUUUCUGGUCGGAGGCAGGGCCAGGGAGGCCUGGGACCUUGAACUGAGCACGCGGGGACGCAGGAAGGUUAAGGCACUUUGAAGGCUCUGGCAAGGCCCAUCCUGGUAUUUAUUCUCUUUUCUUUCCCUAAUAGUCAAAACACCGCACAGGCUCCUCCGUUUAUCAGUAUUAAUGGUGUAACUUUGUCGGCAAUAUUUGCCGUGUAGAAUUUUUUUAGCUAUCCAUUGUACAUUUGAAACAAAGAUUGAACCAUGUAAAAACAAAUUUCCAUAUGUUUUAUAUAAAUAUAUAAAUAUAUAUAUAUAUAUAUAAUAUGAAGGCCUUACCCCUCCUUUUUUAGUAUUUUGGCUGCUGGGGUGCAGCCUUUGUGACACGUAUUUUCAACUUCCUUCUGCACUGUAUAAAAUGACAAUUUGAGGAUGUUUUGCCUUUUGUGUAUUUUUUUCCUAAGAAAAGAACAAAAAUAAAAAUGUGUAACAUUUGUAUAUGGCCUUUAAAAUCGCAUCAGCUAGAAAUAAAGUCGCGUGGAUACGGGAUGGGGCCUGGGCGCGGAUGCCUUCAGCGCCUGGUUCCCCGGAAAGGCUUCCACCCUCCAGACUUUUUGAACAUUCAUGAUGUGGGUCAUUCCGCACCCUUUUUUCUUUUUCCGUUGUUUUUUUUUUUUUUUUUCUUUUUUGGCUGAUCUUCCUCCUCUCACCCGUCAUUUCACACUGAAGUAAAAUCUGGACAAGAGUGACUGCUUUUCUUGGCUUCCGUUUUUUAAGAAGAGCCCUCUGCCCCUCUAAAUGUCAUUUCUCGUUAAAAAGAAAUAAUCAUUGUUUAAAGAAAAACUUUGCUCCUCUUUCCCCUGGGGAAAACUCAAGCAGAUCAUAUAUAUUAAUAUUAUUAUCAUUUAUAUUUAUUUAUAUGCACACGCACAUAUAUGCCUCAUACACAGGUUAUACAUGUAACUGUAUUUAUGGGAUAGAUAUUGAUAACAUUUUUCACUGCCCCAAGACCAGUGUGAAUGUAACUUCAAGCCUCAGCCAUUACUGAUGCUGUAUUCUAGUUAUAAAUCAUGGAACAUCUUCAAAGUUUUGUUUUUGUUUUUAAAGACUUGUUUUUUAUUCGUUCUGUUGCAUGGUGCCUUAUACUUGGUUUUCCCAAACGAAAAUUGAGUUAAAUCUGAGGAAGGAAAGGGCCGCUGUGGGUAGGGCAAGGUCAUAGGCAAAUUUCCAAUCCAGCAAUAUUUCCCUCCUAAAUCACAUUUUUUUCCCUGUCUGGUGAAAAACAAAUAAGCUUGUGUCUUCUACUGACCACCCUCCUCUACUCCUAUGGCUACCUAGGAAAACAAACACGAUCAGUCACUUUGUCCUGUGACCCACCACGGUGUCUGCACAGUGGGCUCCGAGUCUCGGAACCUGUUUCUUCUCAGAUGUGACAUUUUUGACGUGGGGGUAAUUUCUCCAGUGCUCUGUUACAUCAAAAUUAUCAAUAAACUCA